AUGGCAUCAGAAACGUGGGAUUUCAUCGUCGUCGGAGGCGGCCCUGCCGGCUGUAGCAUCGCUUCUUCCCUAUCUCGCUCCCCCAAACGUUCCAAAGUCCUCCUAAUUGAAGCUGGAUCCCGGCGUGACGAGAAACACCUGAGAGUCGACGGUCAGCGGUGGAGCACCUACCGCAACGCAUCCCUCAACUGGGGCUAUAAAACAGUUCCUCAAGAACACUGCAACGGCCGUGAAAUUGACUACUCCCGCGGCAAGGCUCUGGGUGGAAGUACUGUUAUCAAUUUUUGCGUUUACGCCUUUGGCGCUCGUGAUGAUUAUGACCAUUGGGCAGAUGUAGUGGGUGAUGAUAUUUUCAAAUGGGAUCGUAUCCACGCGCGGUUCAGGAAUCUAGAGACAUUCAACGGGACUAUCGUUGAUCCUGCCCAUGCGAAAUAUGCAUCACCACGGCCAGAAGAUCAUGGGAGUAGUGGCCCUUUGCAUGUGGGAUAUGCGCCGGAGUGGGAGCAGGAUUUGCCAUUGAUAAUUGAUGCCUUCAUUAAGGCUGGGUUGCCUCAAAGUUCGGAUCAUAAUUCUGGAAAUCCGAUUGGGUUGACACUGGCUGUUAACACUGCUCAUAAGGGAGUGAGGGUGACGGCAGCAGAUCUGCUGGGGAACGCGCCUGAUAACUUGACAGUUAUCACUGACGCUCCGGUGCAAAGGGUGCUGCUGGAGGGCAAGAAAACAGUUGGCGUGGAGUCUCUGGGGAAAAAAUUCAUGGCAUCAAAGGAGGUCAUUCUCUCCACUGGCACGCUGGACACCCCAAAAAUCUUGAUGCACUCGGGCAUCGGACCAGCUGAACAACUUCAAAAGUUCCAAAUCCCAGUCAUACAAGACCUCCCUGCCGUUGGCCAGGGACUACAAGACCACUUCAGCACGUCGCUAACCUUUCAACGCAAUCCCAACACCAAUGACCGCAACAUCUUCUUCAAAGACCCAAUUGCCAUGGAACACGCCAUGGAAGAAUGGGAGAACAGUGGCAGAGGCCCAUGGGCACGCCACUCGUGUCAGUUAGGAAUCGGCUGGUUCAAAUCUGACAUCGUCCCAACCAUGCCAGAGUUCAAAGCCCUCCCCACUUCUGUCCAGGAGUUUCUCCAGCGUCCUACCAUCCCUCACUAUGAGAUCAUCCCCAACUCCCCGCUACACAUGUUCAUGCCCGAAGCAGUGAAGGACUACAGCUACACCUGCGUGUCGGGGUACCUAAUGAACCCGCAAUCCCGCGGCGAAGUCCGGCUGCAAUCGUCCAACCCCGACGAGCCACUGCUCUUCGAUCCCAAGUUCCUAUCGCACACCUACGACCGCGCCGCUUGUAUCGCGGUCUCCCGACACCUGCUUGACAUCUGCAACCAUCCAGCCUUCCAGAGAGACACCGUCUCGACGCUUAUGGCUCCUGCGUCGGAUUCGGACGAGGAUAUCCUCGAGUACUGGAAAGCCAACCUCUUUUCCAUCUGGCACAUGACUGGCACCGUCAAGAUGGGGAGACAGGAUGACGCGGGUAAGGAAGCGGCGGUGGAUAGUCGGUUCCGGGUGUUUGGGAUUGAGAAGCUGCGGGUUGCGGAUAUGAGUGUGGUGCCGGUGAUAACCAGUAAUCAUACGCAAGCGACGGCGUACGUCACGGGAACUACUUGUGCGGAGGUGUUGAAGGAGGAGUAUAAAUUAGAUAACUAG